AUGGCAAGAUCAGGUCAUUCCACUCGCUUGUCUCCUGGAAGACAUAGGGCAUGUCAACCCCAGACACAGAAGCUCACAGAAACCAAAAUUUCCGAGCUGAAGAACUACCUUCCUGAGUGGACUUCUGCAAAAAGGAGUGAGAAGCGGGCAGUUUUCACUGCAAUUGCCAGGGCUGCCAGGUUAUUUGCGCCAAAGGUGGACCAAGGACAAUGGAAAAAGAGGAAGCAGAUGUACAAGACUUGGUUGUUCAACAACAAGAAAAAGAAGGAAAGGAAGGACAUGAUAAAGUAUGGGAGGAAAUGGACGCCUAGGAUGGUGAUCUACCAGGAAAAUUGGGAAGAGGUGCUGAAGAGGAUUGAGGAUGAGUCCGGGGCAAAGCCAGGAGAUCCUGCUUGGAAGAAUGAACAGGGCGAGGUGCUGUUCUGGAUGCACGAUGAUAACAAGGCAUUAGGAGAUCAGGACAGCUUCAUGAAGACAAAGGACUGGGAGGACAUCGAGCUGGUGUGGCAGGAGUACACACAGGAACAGUUCAAUGAAGGGAGGUCGCAAGAGAAUCCAAAACCAGCCUUCAAGCUCGACACUGACGAGGAUGGGAUGCUGUUGCUUCUGGACAUCACCGAAAUAAAACUCGAGGAGAAGAAGGCCAUAGUCAGGGCUUUUCUCACAUUGCACUAUCGGAUUUGUUCGGGGAUCGACAAGGCAGUAGUGCCAUGGAGCGCCAUCCUUCAAUGCCAGGAUGACUUUGUGUCACAAAGAUAUCUUCCGGCAGAUGUCAACUUGAAGGAGCCUUCCAAGUUGCAAAAUUGGGACAUGACUGCCCUCCUCAAUUUCUGGUAUGCUCGGCAGGAGAAAGGCAAAGGAUCAACAUUCACGUUCAAAGUGUGGAAGAACAAAGAUGGCGACAUGGUAGCAUCAGUCGUAUCAGGUAAAGCCAAAAACACGCAAAGGAUCACCAAAAAAGAGAACCAGAACCGGAGAAGGUCCUUCAUCAUCACAUGCAGAGAUGUCAAUCCCACUGUCAAUUCCAAAGCCUCGCCCCAUCAAGCUGGUGAAACAUGGUGCACUGCUGACAUUGCGAAUGGGAGACCUCCUGGCAGGGUGAACCAAUGGCAACACUGGGAGAAAAACAUCGCCGGCUCUGAAAAGGAUGCGGGGAAAGAAAGUGGUGAUUGA